AUGCUCCAAUGGGUUUCUGGCUAUCCGGCCGUCCCCUUUACACAUUGGAAGGAUCCCAGUCGACGUCUUUCGCCCGAAUGCAUCUCCAUACUGUCUGGUGAUGGCUCUUGGGAACCGCGAGACUGUAACGAGAAGCAUCCGUUCAUUUGUGGGAAUGUGACGAGCAAUAGACAACCAGAGAGUCCGUUUCUACCGCUCUUCCAGACCCUCGUCUGCCCCGAAGGCUACUUUCUGCUUAACCGUCGGUGUCUGGCUUUCUUCCUCCGGCAAGAGGAUGCGAAACCCUGGCACGAAGCGAGGAAGGCCUGCAAAGACUUGAAGACGCCAGGCCAUCUGCUGACUAUUUCGUCUAUGCAGCUACAGGUCACAUUGGAGGUCUUUCACAACCGUUCUCUGAGCAUCAUCCUGCGAGUGAGGUACAGUAGACGCCGUUGA